AAAGUACAAGAAAGCUACCCUCGAGCGGCUACGCACGUUAGCUGGUACUCUCUGUGAGCACCACGACGAGCUAGUUGCGAGAAGCACUGGAAGUUCUACAGUUCUAAAGUAUUUCACUAAAGAAGCUCUUGGGAAUAAAGAAGGCCGCAUUGGUAAAAAAUUGAAGACCAAACUGGAUGAAAUUGCUGAAGCCGGUGUUGCGUUUGCGCAGGCAAUUGGGAUGAAGAAGAAGAAUUGUUAUCGCCCGUAAGAAUGAUAACAGGAAGCUCGACUUAAUCAAAGAAGAAAAAGAGGAAGAAGUAGCCCUGCUUACAAGUGAAAAUGCAACCGCUCAUCUGGGGGUUUACUUCCAAGGUAUAUUAGAGUAUGCCUAACUCCAAGAUAAGAAGAAACUAAAAAAGCAGGGAGAAUACAAGUAGCUUAGAAGAAGGAAGUGUUGAGAAUAGAACUAGUGAUUUGUAAUCGAGAAGAUGCAGGGGGAAGACAGUAAUGAGUUAGGUCCUCAGAAGGAGGGAAGCGGCAAGAAUCGUAAAGGCUUCAAGACGCCUUCACGCCAUCGCAAGAGGAUAAAAAAGAGGAAUGAAAAGCGACAACAAGAAGCUCCGCGCAGGAUAAAUUGGAGGAGAAUUCUCUUGAUCAGAGGCAGGAAAAGCGAAUUUUUUGAAGACUGCGCGUCGCCAUACAUCAACAGGAAGCUAGCGUGUAAGAAGGAUCUCGCAGUACAACUCAUGCCACCGAAGAAGUCCAUCAAACGUACGAGGAGAUUGAUGAGGAGGCAAAGACUCGUGUUUGACUCGGAAGACGAGCCGCCUAGUCUCCCUCCGAUGCCCACGCACAAGAGGUAUGCUAUUUCAAGCGCAGACUACAGAGCAUGGCUAGAAGAAGCUCAACUCCAAGGAGCAGAACAUGGUUGGGCGGCCUGGAAAGCUUCUGGUUACGAGGAGAGUAUGUCUUUGCGGGAUUUCAGGCGUGGAAAAGGCAUCUGGCGACGUGAAGUAUUGACAGGUAAGACGCGUCUCCCGUGGAGCCAGUGGCACCAGUUGUACAGGUCUGACUUCCCCGACGUGGCGGAAGUGAAGAGAAGAAGUUACUUGGCGAAACUCACAAGAGACCGCAAACUGUUGUCGCGAGCGAAGAUGAUGACUCCAGGAAUACAUCUCUUAGGGGAUGGCGAGCUCGGCCCUGCGUUGGCGGAGUAUAUCGCAACUUACGAGGUGAACACAUGGGUGCGUCUAGUUGGGGCUUCCGCGAAAGAGGAGAUUGCACUGCCCAAGAAGAAGAUAAUGACGAGGAGGAGUAAUGUUAAGACCGCCCAAGCUAAAAGGACUAGACGAAAAGUAAACCCCAGGUAUGAACGCUGACGUAAAAGCUUCUUUAGAUGUAAGAUGGCGUCUUGUGAACUCGAUUACUUGUUGCUACGAUUUAUAGAUGCAUUCUUCAAGUGCUGCAAGUGGUGGAAAAUAAGUAUACAGGUACGUGUUCAUAAACCCCGGUGGUAAUCGGUUUUCAAAGAAGGAGCAAGUAGAAUAAGAGAAAGAUCUUUUCGACGCGUAUGGAUAACACAGAAGAAGAAGAAGUUAGAGAAAGUAGUUGAAUGAUCUCGAUGAGGGCGGGUCGAGUUAGGUCACAAAAUGAAAGAGUUGAAUGAAGAAUGUUUAAGUGACAAGAAAUAGUGGCAGAAUAGAAAUCGCGGCAUCGAUCGAACGACGGAAGAAGGAAGAAUACCUGUGGCUGAGAGGAAUAAGAACGAGAGAGCAAAGGAUCGUAAAGGAAGAGAUCGAUGGAAUUUUGAAUAAAUAGGUCAGGUGAUUGAAUGACAUGAGCUCGCGGUCAGAUAUACGUUGUCCUUCAGUGGCAGCGAUCGGUCCUUGAAUGAAAGAGACCGCAGCUCCCAGUUCAUUUCCUCUCCUUUCACUUAUUCCGUUCUGUCACAUGCAGAUUAGCAAUUAACUUAGUCAAGCGACUGCAUCAACCAGGUAGGAGUUCUAGGUGUAUUGGCUCUUCAGCAGCCAACAAUGUCCGCGAGAAUACUCAGCGGGCCCUAACCUAACCUUCUAAGACUUGUUCUAAGAUUGUAACCUUACUCUUGAAUGAUUCUAGGACUAUGAGUCUAUAGAGAAUCUUGUUCACAUAUUUUGGUCGUUAUGAUCGUAGACUGCGUAAUUCACCAAGCAAAAAUUUAUCUAGUUCUCUCAUGAUCGUCUGUCUGAUUUUGCCUAAAUUGAUCUCGCUCAUAUGACUCGUAUGAUGUGUCGCGAAUAUUACUUAAUAUAUUAGAUUGCCCAUUUAUAGUCAUGAUCACCUCAGAUGAAGAAAGCUUGAGCUAGUAGUAUCGCGUCUGCAAGA